AUGCAAAACCAAAGAGCUGCCAUCAAGAAACUUGAAUCCCAAGUAGGAUAUCUUUCUCAGAAAAUUCCUAAACCCACAGACAGCUUCCUAAGUGACACUGAGAAGAAUCCAAGAGGAGAAACAAAGAAUGUGAGAUGGGAGGAAUGUAAGGCAAUCACUCUAAGGAGUGAAAAGAUCUUGGAGGAAGAAGUUAUCCGGCCAACAGAGCACAACCAAAGGCCCCCAAGGGAGAAUUUAGAAGAGCCAGAACAAGGGAAUAACCUUGCACAGAAGGGGGAUCUAAUGGAGAAGAAAGUCUUGAAACCUUAUGUGCCACAAGCACCAUUCCCUCAAAGGCUCAAGGGUAGUGCUAAAGAGAAGAAGUAUUCUAGCUUUCUAGAUAUAUUUAAAUCUAUCCAUGUCAGCAUUCCCUUCAUUGAAGCCUGCCAACAAAUGCCUUCAUAUAUCAAAGUCAUAAAAGAAUUGCUAACCAAGAAAAAUCCAUUGAAGGGUGAGCAGAUAGUAGUGAUGACUAAAGAGUGCAGUGCCCUUAUCCAGAAGGAUUUACCUACAAAGAAGAAGGACCUAGAGAAUUUCCAUAUCCCUUGUGCUAUAGGGGAUACAAUGAUUGACAGAGGGUUUUGUGAUCUUGGAGCGAGUAUAAACUUAAUGCCCCUGUCUCUGAUGAGGAAGCUGCAAAUCAAUUAG